AUGAUCAUCAGUGGGGUAGAAGUACCCCAAGGCUCGAUGAUGAAAAAGACGAAGUUCUCAAUCACUCGAGAGAAGAGGACCAGAGACUAUGUACGGGAUAGAUUUAUCUCCUUCAGUGACGAAGACGCGGAGGGCAUCGUUCAACCCCACAAUGAUGCUUUGGUAAUUUCUGUCCUUAUAAAUAAAACUCAUGUCAAACGUAUUUUGAUUGAUCCAAGUAGUUCGGCCAACAUUAUCCGAUGGAAAGUAGUGAAACAGCUAGGACUGCUGGACCAGAUCAUACCAACGGCCCGGGUCCUCAACAGGUUUAAUAUGGCUUGUGAAACUACUAAAGGAGAAAUCACUCUACCAAUAAAUGUUGCCAACAUUGUUCAGUACACAAAGUUUUAUGUCAUUGAUGGAGAGAUGAGAUACAAUGCCUUACUUGAAAGGCCCUGGUUACACAUCAUGAGGGCGUUACCCUCGACCUUGCACUAG